UCUCCGUGCAGUUUCCUUCCAUUCACAAACUUUAAAAGGAAUAAAAAUUCCACCAGCCUGGUCACCAAAUUGUCCUAAGCUCUCAACCUUGCUUCUUUCUCGGGUUUCCAUAAAAGAAAUCCCAGAUUCAUUCUUUCGGCACAUGUGUGGACUUAAAGUUUUGAAUCUAUCUCAGUGCUACAAUAUAACAGAACUGCCUAAUUUUGUUUCAGACUUGGUGAAUCUCACUGCUCUGAUUUUGGAGGGUUGUGGAGGCCUCCGAUUUGUGCCACCACUGGGAAAGCUCAAGCAAUUGAGGGAUUUGGAUCUAUCCAGAACUGAGAUUGAGGAUUUACCUGAAGGCUGGGAGUCACUGGUCAACCUCGAAAGUCUUAACUUGCGUGAGUGUUGGGCUGUAAGACGAAAGAUAAUACCAAAAGGGACAUUUUCCCAAUUGCACCGUCUUCAAUGGCUAUUAUUGCCAUAUGGUAGGGUACAAGUUAUGGAUUUAGAAGUGUUGAACCAAUUAGAAGUUUUUAUAGGAUGUUUGCCUUUUACGGACUUUUAUAAAAUUACUCGGUGGCCAAAAUACUAUAAUGUUUAUAUCAAUAACAUCUUAACUGAGGAUCCGUUUUAUGACGGGGACAGUGAUUGUGAGGACCAGGAGAAACAACUGUAUUUCCAUCAGUUUAAGCUUGGUAGAGGAUGGAACUAUCUGCCAGAUGACAUGAAAAGUUUGACAAUCGAGGAUUGUGAGGGCAUGGUCAUUAGGUGCUUGUCAGAUGCUUUUAGGAAUUUUACAAAUUUAAGCCACUUAUCUAAAUUGGUUAUUGAGGAUUUGAUUGGAAUAGAGUUCCUCUGGCAAUUGUCCUUCGCUUCUCCACGUGAUCAGUUGGAAGUCUCGUCUUUUAGUCCACUCCGUGAUCUCCAAGUGCUAAGCCUCAACAGGUUGCCAAAUCUGGUUGGUCUAUUUUACGGAGACUCAGAACCAUAUUUGCUUCCAGCUAGCACCUUUUCUUCCCUUAAAGAAUUGUGGAUUUCUAGAUGUCACAACAUGAAGCAGCUAUUCACACUGCAGUUGCUGCAGAACCUUCAAAAUCUUGAAAUAUUAGGAGUUGAAGAUUGUGAAGGACUGGAGGAGAUAGCAGCAGAUGGCUUCCAAUUGACUUCAAGUGGAGCCACCGCAACAGUCAUCCUUCCAAAAUUAAAGUUUUUGAAUCUGUGUUGGCUGCCACAAUUGAAUAAUAUUUGCAAGGCAGCCUUGAUCUGCAAUUCAAUCUAUCAGAUUGAAAUAUCCGGUUGUCCAAAGGCAAAGAGGCUGCCUUUGUUUCUUCCUACCAUCAACGGACUACCAUCUCUUCCUAGCACUCUUCAUAAAAUCAAGGGAGAUAAAGAGUGGUGGGAAUCGUUAGAGUGGGAAAAUCCUUGUGCCAAAAAUGCCCUUGACCCAUAUUUUACCACGCAGUAGCGGAUCCCAUUUCUUUGAUGAAGACCACCUGUUUGAUCAAAAUCCUGACGGAUUCUCAUGUUACCAGGUAGCCACAAAAUUGCUGCUGCAAGAGAGUUGAUGUUGCAAAAACAAGUGUUAAAUGAAGCUUUGUCCACCAACGCCAAAUUUCUUUCAGGCUGGCCUCAGUUUGAGGACAACAAACCACAUUUGCAAGAUAUGGAGCUAGGGAAGACCAGCAAUCUUUAGCCAAUGUUGUGCACUCAAUAUAAUUUCAGUCGAGGAAAAGUUCAACAUACAAUGCCCUGAAAAAUCAAACACACAAUCAAUCAGCCAUUGAUAACAACCUCUUACCUAGGUGAACAUGAAGACUAAAGCAACUUGAAGACUAGAAUGAUUUUUUUGGAUGAAUGAAUGUCAUUGAAACUCGGCUCUUCUUCUGCUAUUCCAUCCUUGUACAUCAAAUUUUCGUCAAUCACAAGACUUGAUACAAUCAGUUCAGAUGCCACUCUGUUACAGAAAUCUAAUGUUUUAUGUAACAGUGCACAAGCCCUAUGAUAUUGCUAAGAAAUGGUAAAACCUCACCUUCAUGAAAUACCACUUAUUCUUAGUUUGAAUUUUAUUUCAGGUUUCUAAGGUGGCAGGGAUAUGUUGAACUGAAAUUCCAUGACUGGUGGGCUAUCUUGGUCAAAAAGAGGGCCUUGUUAACUGAGAACUGGAGUCGCCAGCCAUUUUUCUUACUAACUACUUUUAUUGUAGUCUUUACUAUACUAAAAGCGGGAGUUCGGAUUGCUACAGUAAAAUUGGGCUGGUUAUAGUGCGAUUUGUGUGAGCUUGUGGGGCGGUUUGGUCUUUUGCCAUUCAGUGGUGUUCGCUUUGCUGGAAAUUCACUUCUGUCAGCGUGGCUCUCUUGCAUGGAAACAUUUCCUCUUGGUCAGCAAUUUCCUCUUCAUGUGAUUAGCAUU